AUGUUACAUCGUACUGGUAAACGAUCAGGUACCAUUCGUGCUAUGAAUCAAAUAAGUCCAAAAUUAGCAGAAAUAAAACAUAGUGUUAUACCAAAUCCAGGCGAAGAUGGACAGUUUCAUACAAUUCAUAGCGUUGGUCAAACUGUUCAAGUUUUACCAACUAAAACUCGUCCAAAAAAAAUUAAUGUUCAUGAACGUAUUAUGCAAUUAUUAUCCAUUAUAAAUGUUAUGUGUACUAAAAUUAAUCGUAAUGAACCAUGGUCAUAUGAAGCUAGAAAUUAUACUGUUAUACCGCUUGCAUCAAGAAGUGGUUUAAUACAAUGGGUUGAAGGUGCAACACCAUUAUUUACACUUUAUAAACGAUGGCAACAACGACAAGCAACAGCACUAACUUGGAAAGCUCAAAAUGACAAUCAAGAAAUUGCUUUAGCUACAGCACAAAAACCCAAUGAUGUCUAUUAUUCAAAAUUAAAUGCUAUAUUAAAAGAAAAAGAUAAACAACCUGUAGAAGAUCGACGUGAAGUACCAAUGCCAAUAUUACGUCAAUGUAUUGAAGAAUUAAUACGUGAAACACCAGCAGAUCUUUUGUCAAGGGAACUUUGGUGUAGUUGUCCAAGUGUUGGUUUAUGGUAUAAAAAUGUUCAAAAUUACAGUCGUUCAUUAGCUGUAACAUCCAUGAUUGGAUAUAUGAUAGGUCUUGGUGAUCGUCAUCUUGAUAAUGUUCUUGUUGAUUUAAAAUCUGGCCAAAUAAUUCAUAUUGAUUAUAAUAUUUGUUUUGAAAAAGGUAAAAAAUUACGUGUACCAGAAAAAGUUCCAUAUCGUUUAACACAAAAUUUACAAAAUGCACUCGGUAUUGCUGGACUUGAAGGUGCUUUUUCACUAUCAUCAGAAAAUGUUCUUAAAAUAUUACGUAAUGGAAAAGAAAUUCUACUUAAUUUACUUGAAUCAUUCAUCUAUGAUCCUUUAAUUGAUUGGACUGGUCAUGAUACCGGUGUGCUCGCUGCUUUUUAUGGUGGUCAAAAUAAUUUAUAUGAACAAAUAACAGUUAAAAAACGUCAAGUUGAAAAAGAUGCUUUAUUACGAAUGUUUCAAAUUCGUAAAAUUGAAAUACGACAGAAUUGGAUUACGCUAGGGGAAUCAAUUAAUCGUACUAUGAAUAAAUUAAUUCAACGUGUUAGUGAUAUAAAUGAAUUAGAAAAAAAUAUCAAUGAACAUGAUAUAAAAAUGAAUAUUAUGGAAAGACGUUUAGAUUAUUUUGAAACGGCAUUAGAGGAGAGUUCGUCAACAAAUCAUUCGCGAAAACAAUUACAAACAAUACGAACCGAUAUGAACACAGCAAAAGAUUUAGUUUUAACACUUUAUCAAAAUCUUGAAAAUAUCUUACUAAAUAGUACUGAAGCACAUAUCGACUUAAAAUCAAACACAUUCUAUGAUCAACUUCAUGAUUUUGCUGAAAAUGAUAAUGUUUUAAUUAGUACAUCACCUGUUGUACUUGCUGCAGAUUUUCUUCAAACAGCCGGCAAAACAACACUUCUUCAUCAAAGUGAACAAUUGGAUGAUGAAUUACGAAAUACUUUAAAAAUUUAUCGAACAGCACGACAACCAACAGUGGGCAAUAUUUUAAAGAAUCUUGUUGAUCUAUGUCAAUAUUUACCUAUUGAUUAUAUUGAAUCAUCAUUAUUAACGAAACUAAAAGAUCGUUUAAGUGAACUUUGUAAUAAUUUUACAACAGAAAAAUGUCAAGAAUUUUUAAAUCAUAUCGAUGCACAUUUCUUAAUUGAUGAAACAUCUUCAUCAUGUUCCGAAUUAACAAUUCGAGCAUUAUCGAUUGAAAAUCAAUAUAAUGAAUAUAUUCAAACUAUAAAUCAAGAGAUCACAAAAGUAUCUGAAUUACAAAUAUUUAUUCAUCAAUCAUCUACUGAUGUUACUUUCUAUAAAAAUUUACCUGAUACAAAACUCCAAGAUUUAGAUAAUAAUGAAUAUAUAAAUUAUCAUAAUACACUUUUACUGAUGUUAUUUGAUCGAUGGCAACAUUCUCGUCAAAUGAGUGAUACAGCAAGAAAUCUAUUUAAUCUUUCAUCAUUGACAGAUAUCAAUAAUGAUACAUUUAUUAAUGAAAUCUAUACACUUAUUAGUAAUACUGCUUAUCUUGCUUCAAUUAUUCAAUAA